AUGCAGAGCCUCUGGUCGAGAACUCUGCGGGCAACCAAAUGCACCUGCCGCUGCCAACAAUGCCUCUCCUACUCGACCGCAGUCGCCCGCCGCUCCACCACCGCCUUCCGCAAACGCCUGUCGGCCAUCCCGAGCUCCACAAUCUUCUAUUCCGCCAUAUUCGCCUGUGCCGCCGUCGCCGACGGCCGCUCCAAGCAGCAGCGCAGACAGAAGUGGAACAAUGCCAUCCAAGGCGCCAAAAAUGGAUUGGGUCCCCACGAUGCAGAUCCACCGACGUCGGACGGGCGGGAGGGUGAGCCCACUGAAGAACAGCCCGACUUGCAGGAGCCCGAAUCGGACCCGGACUUCCUCGGGUCCGAGUACAUGGAUGCUGUGGACAUCGCGGAACUACUGAAGAAAGCGGUUGACCAUGUCGAGGACCCCCAGGCCGCAGAGGCUAUCAUGCGCGAGAAGCUAGAGGAGCUAGAAAACGCAGCGAGACAGGGCUCAAAAAAGACGGGAAGGCGCGGGCCUGGCUCGGAAGAGGACUACGCAACUUUUGGAGAAGUAGACGACUGGGCGGAUGCAAGAACACACACAAUGAUGGACUCGGGGCAGCCGGAAUGGCCCGAAAACACUGGCCCGUCCUUUGACCCCGACCACUUCCCUCCACAGUCAGUAUACGCCACGGACGAGCGGAAGAUGGAGGGGCUGGGGUACCGCUGGACACGCCGGAAGAUACAGACCAUGAACCUGUCCAUGGCCAAAUUGGUGUUGGCCAUGACUGACGAAGCACAGCUGGACCGCUAUCCACUGCGGAGAAAGUGGGAUAAUGUUCCCGAAUGCUGGCUGCCGCAUAACGUGUAUUUUAUCGCCAUGAAAAAGCCGGCGCAGAAGAAGAAGUAUUUCUUGAGCAUCGAGGAUUUCCUUCAGCGGACCAAAAUGCCGAAGCGAGACGAGGACGUCGUAGAAUACAAGCCCAUCUUUGGGAAAUACCCCUACUACGAGCAGGACCACGACGGCCAGUUCCACUACAAAUGCCACUCCAUGAACGAACGCAUCUUCGACACCUUCGAACAGUGCUUCCGCGGCGAAGUCACCGUACCCAGCCUGAUCGCGACCAUCUGUGAGGAGCUCCUCGUCUCGUCCGCCCCGCCCAACAUCACCACCUACAACGCACUGCUCCUGGGCUUCAACAAGCUAAAGCAGCGCAACCUCUCCCGCCUCGUCAUCGAAUCCCUCCACGAGGUCCACAUGCGGCCCGACGAAAUCACCUGCGCCGCCGCCCUGACCCACCACACCGCCACCAACGACGCCCACGGCUUCACGCGCUUCAUGCAGCUCAUGACGGGCAUGAGCACGACCAGCUACGCGCUGAUGCUCGCCCGCCCCACCCUCUCCCUGCACCACGCGUCGUCGCUGCAAAAGAUGCAGAACCGCGUCGUCGCCCACCCGCGCAGCCCGGGCCGGCUGAUCCAAAAGGUGCACCCGACGCCGCGCGUCAUGAACGCCGUGGUCGCCGGCCUGCUGCGCUUCUACGGGCUCGAGCGCGCGGUGGACGUGUGCGCCACGCUCGCCGCCGACGGCUGGGGCUUCGAGACGGCGGCCCUCACGCGCUUCCUGCACGCCUGCGCCGAGCGCCGCGACUGGCCCGCCGGCGUCGCCGUCUGGCAGCAGCUGCAGGAGCUGCGCGCGCGUCGCCGCGCCCAUCAGGACCGCCCGCUCGACCGCUCCGCGUACCUGCACAUGCUCGGCCUGUGCUGGCGCUGCGACCGCCCCGACGUGUUCGAGCAGGUGCUCGUCGAGGCGGACAGGUGCGGCGGGUAUCGCAAGGGCCCGCUGGAGAAGGACCUCGAGAAGAUGCGGAGGAGGGGGCUGGGCGUGUUCGACGCCGCGGACGAGCGGAGGGCGGAUUGGGAGUUGAGGGCGGAGAUGGUGGCCAAGAUCAGGCAGGAGGGCGUGUUGGUGGGGAGGUUGCGCGAGGAAUUGGCGGCUGCGAGGGCGGCGAGGGCGGCGAGGACGGCAAGGGGGGCGGGGGCGGCGAGGGCGGCGUGGUCUGCUGCUGGUGGUUCUAACGCUGCUUCUUCUCCCUCUUCUUCUUCUUCUUCUCCUCCUUCUUCUCCUUCUCCUCCUCCCCCUCCUCCCUCGCUCGAUGAUCCUGCUCCUUCUUUUCCUUUUUCUGUUACCCCCUCUUCUCCCAAUGAUCCGUCUUCCUCUUCUGCCUUUCCUCCCCCUAAUGCAGCUGCCAUAACUACCACUCCAGCCGAUACGGUCGUCGUCACCGACAACGAAGUCGUCAUCCCAAAGAUCGUCCACGGUUUCGCCGCACGGCCCGAGGGCGAAGUGGCAUGGCGGUCGCUGAAAAAGAGCGGUGAUGAGGGGAAGGGGACGAAAGAUGGCUGA